AUGGCUCGCUUAAGCACACUUGGGCUCUUUGUUAUUCUUGUUUUAAUCUGUUAUGUGCCAUAUUUAGAAGCAAGGAACCUCAUGAGCAUUGAGAGUAGGAGAAUAGUACCUUCUCCGGAGGACACUUUGGUCCUGACUGCCCUUCCCAAGAGCACUGCUUUCCCAUCUUCUUCCCCAAGUGGUAAAGGCCCCGCAAUGGUCAUCUAUGAAAAGCUCCUCUCUCAACACUUUUCCCGCAUUGAUAGGAUUUUGCAGUCCGUCCCAAGUCCCGGAAUCGGCAACCCCAACUAG